AUGUACUAAGCAGAAGGAUUUAAAACUGUAGCUUCUUAAGGAUCCAAAAAUGAAAAUAAGGAAAAAGGAAUUGUAGACAACAAAAAUUCUAAUGAUCAAGAGGUAGUUAGAUAUAGUAAUUCUUAAAUUAGAAUUAGAAUCCUUAAUAGAUGUAAGUUUCUCCAGAUUAACCAAUAACAACAAUUCCAACUCGUCCAUCACUACUAAAAAUAGAAAUAUUUAUCGAAUUAUGUACUUUGAUUUUAUUUAUCUACACAUGCUAUGAGUUUUUCUUUGAAUACUAAAAACUUCCAUCAACUAUAGAUAUUGAUUUUGGAUCCAGAUCAUCAUUCAAAUAAGUCAAUAAACAAUAUUUAAUAAUAAUACUAGUAGGAGCAAUCCUUCUAUAAAUCUUAAUAUCCAGUUUAUAAUUAUUCACACAUAAAUUUAAGUAUGAUGUAUAUUUACAUUCAAGAUACAGGGUUGCAAUCAACUCAAAAAAUUGUCAUUUGGUUUUUAGAUAUAAACGUUAAUUUCUCAGUUUUGAAAAGCUAAUUACAAUGGGAUUAUUCAUGUAUGACACAAUUUCGAUAUUUAAAAUAAUUCAAAAAUAAUGGCAACCAUUGGCUUUGUAUUUAUCAGCUCUUUUCAUUUUACCUUAUAUCAUAUGUUGGAUUAUAUAUAAUAAAAUGAUUAAUUAAUUGGUAAAGAAAGAAACAAAAUGA